UCUGUCUGAUCCACAGUCUGAUCCCCGUUCUCAGGAUCCUGCCGUUGGAUUACCCCUGAGCCAGGCUUGCUAACUGCAAUUUGUUCCAUGUUACUGUGUCAUCGUAGUUUACAUAGUUAAUUUAAAAAAUCCGUGAAGCCAAGUCGGCCAUUAAAAUUGGGGUGAAGAGGAAUCUCUUAAGUAAAAAACUAACGCCUCUUUGGAGCAAUGUGCCGUUUUGCUACUCACUACCUCCUUCCUGACGAAACUGGGGCUCGCAGAAGAAUUUCCUUGUGCGGAAGCGACCAGUGGGGCUCGGGAAGGGAUAACUACGCGAGGGGAGUUGUAGAUAAAGAGCGACACCUGCGGUCAAUAAAGGGUAGCAACAUAGGCCUAAGUAUUGAUCUGAAGGACACUGGACACACUCAGUGUACGUUUAUUCAUCUACGUAUUAUGAACGUUCAUAACGGCCCUCCGCGUGCGGGACAAGUGGGGCUGAACCAAGGGACUGACUAGCGGCACGAGUACAGCAAACCUGCAAAUUACUUAACGGAAAUUUUCUUUAUUUUCGUUUAAUAUGGCGUCACACGUCGCUUAAAGUUCAUUUGUGAGAAAUGAAGAAGUCCACAGCUGUGAAUUUGGACAAACUAUUGGAAGACUUCUGUCAGACAGAGCAGAAGAUGACAGAUAUGACAGCAAAGAACAGUCUGCUAGAGAUGAAAUUAAAUGAGACCAGUCGGAUGUUGACGCUAAAACAGACAAAAGAGAAGUAUUUGCGGGAAGAACGAGACGAACUGCUGCAGGCUGUUAUUGGACUCGAGCACACCAUAAAGCAGCAGUGUGACCUGAGGGUGGAAAAUGAAGAACUGAAAAAGUCCAUCAGCGACCUGGAGAGAGACAAUUAUUCCAAACUGCAGGACAGUGCUGCUAGCAUAGAGGGGCUGCAGAUGGAGAUGGCAGCACAGGUAGCAGAGCACCAGAGCGACGCUGCGGAAGUUCGGGGGCAGCUCCAGAGCAAACUGGAGGCUAAAGAGAGGGAGAUGGAGGAGGCCCUGCAGACGAAGGAGGCAGAACUGGAGCAGAUGAGGAAGAGGAUGAAGGAGCAAGAGAAAGAAAAACAGAAAGAGAUCAUAAAAUUACAGAUGGAGUUCAGUGCUAAGCUUGCGAGGGCCCAGACCACCUCCGUGAAAGUACAGCAGCAGCCAGUGGCAUCUUGCCCCCUGCCACAGGACCUCUACAAACGCAAGCUGCAAUUCAUACAGGAGCAGAGUCAGAGGGAGGUGGAGGCUCUGAGGCAGAGAGUGAAGGAGCUGGAGCAGAAGAGCAACAGCAGCUUCACUGAGUGCCGUCUGAAGAGGAAGAAACUCUGAGAGCCAUCAGCCUGCUUUCUGCACGCAGCUGAACAGCAGAGCCGCUAGCCUGUGUGUCUGCACAGAGCUUAACAGACCUGUGUUUCUGCACACAGCUUAACAACACAGCUAUUAGCCUGUGCUUCUGCACAGAGCUUAACAGCACAGCCAUUAGUCUGUGUCUGCACACAGCAUAACAGCACAGCCGUUAGCCUGUGUUUCUGCACACAGGUUAACAGCACAGCCAUUAGUGUCUGCACAGAGCUUAACAGCACAGCCGUUAGCCUGUGUGUCUGGACACAGCUGAACAGUACAGCCGUUAGCUUGUGUGUCUGCACAGAGCUUAACAGCACAGCCGUUAGCCUGUGUGUCUGCACAGAGUUUAACAGCACAGCCGUUAGCCUGUGUUUCUGCACACAGCUUAACAGCACAGCCAUUAGCCUGUGUGUCUGCACAGAGCAUAACAGCACAGCCAUUAUAAUGCCUGUGUGUCUGUACGGAGCUUAACAGCACAGCCGUUAGCCCGUGUGUCUGUACAGAGCUUAACAGCACAGCCGUUAGCCUGUGUUUCAGCACACAGCUUAACAGCAAAGCCAUUAGCCUGUGUGUCUGCACAGGGCUUAACAGCACAGCCGUUAGCCUGUGUGUCUGCACACAGCUUAACAGCACAUCCGUUAGCCUGUCUGUCUGCACAGAGCUGAACAGCAGAGCUAUUAGCCUGAGUUUAACAGGCAUGUGUUUCUGCACCGAUAAAAAUCACAGUCGUCAGCCUGUGUUCCUGUACAUUCAGAGUUUAAUAGCACAGCCUUCAGUCUGUAUUUCUGCACACUUUAAUAAAACAGUAUGUCUAAGAUCUA